UUCGCCGGAUUUAGUAAGUAUGGUAUUUUGUUUUUGACGUUAUGGCGAGCGACAUCGACCAAGGAAACUUUGGCGAUAGUGCUCGGAACCGAUCUAAAUAUGAAAUUAGGCUAAAGAGCUCAAAUCAUGUAUUUGAUGGCGCCGGAGAGAAUAUCCAGUAUCACAGCGACAAUGAGUCCUUAGCUUCGAGAAAAAGUAAAACUCGGUAUAUAAAUCCGGCUAUUUAUAUAGAGAAAGUUGAAUCCACUCAUUCUGUGACAUCAUUACAUACAGACUCCUCUUGUGUUGAAGACGUCACACCACAUCCGCAUAGUUCUUACAGGAGUAACUCUACUCCUUUUCUAACUGGACGCAUAUCCAGCGCAUCUUCGACAAGUAUCAAAAGAAAAUCAUGUAGACUUAUAAGUCAGGAAGAAACUGUUCGUGAUGAGGAUACGCCAAGAUGUGGUCGUACUUAUCGUGAUGAUGGUGCUGAUACAUUUCGUUUAUCCGUCGCGUCGCUUUCAACUACAACGACCGCUAAAGAAGAGCGCGAGCGUAAUGAAAAGAAAAGACAAGAAGCUUUUCAGCAGUGGUUAGAACGUAAAGAGCAACAGAAGCGAGAUAAGGCGCGCCUAGCAAAAACAAAAAUCCAAGUUGUACCGACAACUACCCAAGAACAGCGUGAGGAGUCAUUUCGGCGAUGGUUAGAGCGUAAGCGCAUGCAGAACGAGCGACGUAAAGCCGAAGAAAUUAUGAAGCAGUAUCGUCACAACGAACAGCUUGAACAAGAACGAAGGAAGCGACACCAAACUAAAGAGGAAAAAUUGGCAGAAUGGAUACGAAAAAAAGAGGAGGAAAUGAAGUUAAUGAAAACUCGAUCCGAGCGUCGUGCUGCGCGUCUUGCGAUCGAGGACGAACGUCGGCGCGUUCAGGGUGAGCGAGCGUACAGAGAUUGGCUGCGGAAUAGCAAGAACAAGCCACUGCCCGUGCCACUGAAUCAAGGAGAACUUAGUAUGCGAGGAUCAGUGUCUCGAAUGUACAUAAAUCCUAUUCCAUGGCAACCCCUUACGCAAUGAAGAUAUAGUGUUUAUUAUAAUAAAUAUGAAGUUUGUUUUCGGAGUUAUUUUGUGGGAAUACUUUAGAUAAUCUUUGAGUUUUUAG